AUGGAUGGUGACAUCCUCUCACCCGACCUCGGACUUCCCCAGAAUGAAUUAAGCACACUUCGACGAGAAGUCAAUGUUAUAAUUCACUCGGCAUCCUCUAUCAAUCUUGCUAAAUCCCUCGACGAACUAUCAGAAGUGAUUACAGGCGCUAGUGAAAGGAUGACAGAUAUUGCUCUGACCUGCCCGAGUUUGGAUCGCUUUGUUUAUGUCUCAACUGCAUAUUCCAAUGGCCACCUACCAUCUACGGGCGAAGGCAUUGAAGUCGAGAUCAAGGAAGAUAUCUACGAUCCCAAUCCCAAAGAUCGUUCAAGUGUCAUGAAAGAGUGGAUACAGGUGCAGGAGACUGGUUCUAGUGAUGCGUAUGAAGCCCACGACUUCCCAUGGCCCUAUGCAUAUGCAAAGAACCUCACAGAGCGACUUCUUCUCCAUCGGUUCACUCAAAGCGGUGCUCAGGACAAACUUCUCAUUUUGCGCCCUUCUAUCAUAGGACCAGCACAAAACUUUCCAGUUCCUGGGUACAACGUCCCACUGUCGAGCCCAUCGACACUAAUCGCUGCUGUGCUCGCAUUGAUCCCCGGUGGUAUGGCUCUGGUUGCAACGAGAGCAGUAGGACAAAGUUCCCAAAUUUCUAUUGAUGAGGUUCCAGUCGACGUGGUUGCUGAUCGUUUGCUCGCCCAUUUAGCUGUGGGGACCAACGGUUGUGUUCAUGCAGUCAGUGGCAAGCGAGGACGACAUCAAUUCAUCAAUUGGUGGGAUUCAGCGGUUUCGCUGCGUCGCUUACCGAGGAAUAUUGAUUUGUAUUGGAAGGACCUGGACUGGAAGUCUGAUGAGCAACAUUGGUUGGCUCAGUUCUAUGUAAUCCUUGGGUCUUCUUUCGAAUUUUAUGAGGAUAAGACUGUCGCUCUUAGCCAGAAUCCUUUGAUCGAAAGUUGCAAAGAGCUGCAACUAUUCAAUAAGGUCAAUUUCGGAGAGCAGCUGCGAAGUCGAACGGAAGACAUCUACUUCGUGAUGAACCAUAUUGCUCAGAGUGAUGAGAGGGCACGAAGAGUCAUCAAACGAUACUAUCAGGAUUCCGUUAAAGCGAAAAUUUAG